CGGUCGUUCCCCGCACGAAGAAAAACGCCGUUCCGCCACAGCCGUCGGUUCAGUAACGCCGUUGCCGCGAAACGCGUACCACCGUCUUCUGGUGUCGGUCCCGCCGAUUCCUCACGCCGGUUUCGCUGGCACACGUUUGGCGAUCAUUCGUAAAUAAUAUUCACACACGACAUUCAUAAUCCGUCUACGAUUUUGACUUGCCCUCAUCGUCAUAACUGUACCUACCCACCGCCGUAGUAAUAUUAUUUUAUCAUUAUUAUUAUUAUUAUUAUUAUUUUUUUUUUUUAUUUCAAAUUAUUAGAUGUCGAUAAUAAUUUACUAUUCACGUCCGACGCUGAUAGAGUGUCUACGAUUCGAAAUCAGAAGUUGCUGAAUGUCGAAUAUAUUCUUUUAAUUGAAAGAUUCUGCCAAUGCAUCGAACUAAGAGCAUCAGGAAAACGACAACGGCGACGACAAUAAUGUGACGGCGACCGUGUGUAUACGACUACUGCUAACGUGGUGACAACGAAGGUGGCGGCGACUGACGACGGGACACUAACCCGCCGGACACGACGCGCGCGCCGAGUCGACUAUAACUGAUGGACUUCCCGUUAGCCAUGCCUCUGACCACCGUCUGGCCAACGGGCGCCGCCGCCGGUGGGUACAACGGCACCGACAUGGGCCCGUACGGCAACGGCACCGGCGACAGGGACGCGCUGUACUGCGACGACACGUCCGGGCACGAGUCGUCGCUGUACCUGAUAUCCAAGAUCCUGUACGUGAUCGUGUGCGUGAUCGGUCUGGUGGGCAACACGCUGGUCAUAUACGUGGUGAUCCGGUUCUCCAAGAUGCAGACGGUGACCAACAUGUACAUCGUGAACCUGGCCAUCGCCGACGAGUGUUUCCUGAUCGGCAUACCGUUCCUGAUCGUCACCAUGUCCAUGGAGUUCUGGCCGUUCGGCAACGUCAUGUGCAAGGUGUACAUGACCACCACCAGCGUCAACCAGUUCACCAGCAGCAUAUUCCUGAUGAUCAUGAGCGCCGACCGGUACAUAGCCAUAUGCCAUCCGAUAUCGUCGUCCAAGGUGCGCACCGCGUACGUGUCCAAGAUCGUGUCGGUGACCGCGUGGACGUUCAGCAUCAUACUGAUGAUACCGGUCAUCAUGUACGCCAACACGAUGGACAAGGGCAACGUCAAGAGCUGCAACAUCAUAUGGCCGGAGAACGAGCUGUUCAGCGGGCAGACAGCGUUCACGCUCUACUCGUUCGUGCUCGGGUUCGCCAUUCCGCUCAUGCUCAUAUUCGUCUUCUACAUACUGGUCAUUAGGAAGCUGCAAACGGUGGGACCGGUGAACAAGUCGAAGGAGAAGAAGAAAUCGCACCGGAAGGUGACCAAGCUGGUGUUGACGGUGAUCACGGUGUACGUGCUGUGCUGGCUGCCGUACUGGAUCACGCAGGUGGCGCUGAUAUUCACGCCGCCCAAACAGUGCCAGUCCAAGAUCGUCAUCACGAUAUUCCUGUUGGCCGGGUGCCUGAGCUACAGCAACAGCGCCAUGAACCCGAUCCUGUACGCGUUCCUCAGCGACAACUUCAAGAAGAGCUUCCUGAAGGCGUGCACGUGCGCCGCGGGCAAGGACGUGAACGCGGGCCUGCACCAGGAGAACAGCACGUUCCCGCGCCGGAACCGCGGCGGCUCGGAGCGCGGCGGCGGCCGGACAGGACGGGCCACCACCAUACUGUGCCAGGCGGUCAGCGGCGGGACGGGCGGCGGCGGCGCGGGCGGUUGCUGCAAAGACGACGACGGCGGCUGUUGCGGCGAGACGGGACCGCUGGUCGGCCGCGCCGAACUGGUCAGCAAGGAGAACACGUCCACAGCGCUCACCAUGACGUCCCGGUCCACGUGCAACGAGAACAACGUGCAACCCACCCAGUUGUAACGGGUCCGCCUGCACGGUUGGGCCUGAAAUAUUAUUAUUAUUAUUAUUAUAUUAUUUUUUACUCGUAAA